GUCCACAAGCUUCCCCUCCUUGUAAAGGGUUCUCGCCAUGUAAUCUUAGAUCCCCGGGACCCCUUCUUGUUCCGUAGAGGUGGAGUGGGGGUAAGAAACCGGUGGUGGGGAUAGCCUUAGGAGUGGGGCCGCGCCGCUGAAGAACCGCCAGAGUUGAACCGGUGACAAUCGGCUCUACAUUCCAUCGGUUAGUCACGCCUUUAGCUCUCCCCUUGCUCAAUAACUGCCAACAUGUCUGACGAGGAGUAUUCGGAGUCCGAAGAGGAGACUGUACCAGAGCCCGAGCCUCAAAAGAAGACUGAGCGUAGACAAUCUGAAAAGGGCGAUGGAGAUCCAGAAUUUGUAAAACGCCAGGAAGCUAAAACAUCAGCUUUGGAUGAACAACUCAAGGACUACAUCGCAGAAUGGAGAAAACAAAGAGCGAAAGAGGAAGAGGACCUGAAGCGCCUCAAAGAAAAGCAAGCCAAGAGAAAGGUCAUGAGAGCUGAAGAAGAAAAGAGGCUCGCUGAAAAGAAAAAGCAAGAGGAAGAAAGGCGAGUCAGAGAAGCUGAAGAAAAGAAACAGAGAGAUAUUGAAGAAAAGAGGCGUAGACUUGAGGAAGCAGAAAAAAAACGACAGGCUAUGAUGGCAGCUCUUAAGGAUCAAAGUAAAAGCAAGGGUCCAAACUUCACAAUCAGCAAAAAGGAAGCUGGUCUAAACUUGUCUUCAGCACAAAUAGAAAGGAACAAAACAAAGGAACAAUUAGAAGAAGAAAAGCGUAUUUCCCUUAGCAUAAGGAUUAAACCAUUAAGUAUUGAAAAUCUUAACAUUGACAGAUUACGAUUAAAAGCUAUUGAACUCUGGGAUUGCAUUGUUAAACUGGAAACUGAGAAAUAUGAUCUUGAGGAAAGACAAAAACGUCAAGAUUAUGAUCUUAAAGAACUGAAGGAGAGACAAAAGCAGCAACUGAGGCAUAAAGCACUGAAGAAAGGUUUAGACCCAGAGGCUUUGACUGGCAAAUAUCCACCCAAAAUUCAGGUUGCAUCUAAAUAUGAACGUAGAGUUGACACAAGGUCAUAUGAUGACAAGAAAAAACUUUUUGAAGGCGGUUGGGAAACCUUGACUGCUGAAGAAUUAGAAAAAAUAUGGAAGUCGAGAUAUGAACAAUUUACUAAGCGAAAACAUGCUAAAUUGCCCAAAUGGUUUGGUGAGAGACCUGGCAAAAAGAAGGAUGCUCCUGAAAGCCCUGAAGAGGAAGAAGUUAAACCAACCGAUGAUGAUGUAGAACCAGUCUAUGCUGAAGAAGAAGAGGCAGAGGAAGAGGCAGAGGAAGAAGAAGAGGAAGAAGAAGAGGCAGAAGAAGAAGAAGAAGAAGAAGAAGAAGAAGAGGAAGAGGAGGAAGAAGAAGAAUAAAGAAUAAAUUCAGGUUAUUUCUGUACAUUUGUUUCUAAUGAAUAACAAAAUCAUUAUUCAUUGCCGUUGAAUGGGAUAUUUUAUUCCAGAAAAAUACCAGCACAUGAAGGAUUAUAUGCCUUAAUUUCAAAUGAAUGCAAAAGGAAAAAGCAUAAGAUGCUCAGAUCUCAGAAAUUGUAAUAAGAAUUAAAGAAAUAAAAAAAAACUGUGUUUAAAUAUGUGAAUUUUAUAUUCAUAUCUAUGCACAAAACAUAGACACAAAUAUAAAAGUUUUUGUUUACAAUUAAAAGUAUGAAUAAUACAAAUGUAUAAAUGUCAUUUCUCGAUUCAUUUAAUAAAUAUAUAUCUCAACACUAAAAUAUUUUUUUAUCAGCUAUUCUUUCUUGUAAUAAAUGUUUUAAUAUGUACCUCAUUGUAUAUGACUAAAAAUAUAUUAUUGAUUUUAAAAAAUGUAAGCUUUUGUUAAUACUAAUCUCAUACUAAUCUCAGUUAAUACAACAAUCACAUUUUAUUUGAACUAUAUUAAUUUAUUUGUAAAAUACAAAAUAUAAGUUAUAACAGAAUUUAAAUAGUUCAAAAAAUAUUUCGUUCAUUUUGGGGCUCAAGAUUUCAUAAAAAGGUAUGUACUACUACGACUCAUGAAGGGUCUUAAGUUCAGUACUUUGUAAGGAAGUACUGUUUCAAGGCCAACAGUUGUAUGGGGAGACACUAGCGGAUCCAGGAUUUAAUUUUGGGAGGGCUUCAGCCCAAAAGAUGUUUUUUUCAUAUACAUAUAACGAUAAUUAAUUUGAAAAAAAAAAAAAAGAAAUUAAUUACCUAAAUGAAAUGGUGUUUAAGUGGUUCUUGAAGUCCUAUUAAAUAUAAUUACACGAACAAGAAUACUUUAAGAAAUAGUUUUUAAUAUUUUUUCUGUAAAGCAUGGUUACAUUUUACCAUUUUGGGGGAGGGCUUCAGCCCGAAAGCCCCCCCCCUGUAGAUCCGCCUGUGCGGGGAGAUGAUUGGGCUGGAAUGACUCUCAGCUGCAAGAUUUACACCCUUAAUUAAAUAUUUAAUUAAGAGUAUCCACAUUAUAGUGACUAGAUGUGCCACAGGAUACUCCAUUUAAUAGAAAGAAAGAAAAAAUCUAUCCUAUGGAAAAAGUUAUAAAUAGAUAUUCAUUAUAAGCUCCUAAUUAAAGAAACUAUUGCCCAUGACUAUAACUUUGAUAUUUUCCAUUUUUCGAGUUAAAAUAAAAUUAUAUUAUAUUCUAAAGACAUUUCAAUGUAAUAAAUGAUCUCUGAAACUGCGUUUGAGACAAAUUGAAUCUAAAAAGAUGAAAUUCCAAGGAUGUUAAAAGUUAUAAACUAAAACAUAAUAAAAUAAAUAAAUAAAAUUACAAAUAUAGCGUAACAGUAGUAGAAUAUAGCAUCACUUAAAAAUUUCUGAUUCUGUUGAGACUAUCUUAAACCAGUGAGAAAAUAGCACAAAUGGCAAAUUGAAUCUAAAAAGAUUUUUUUAAAAAUAUGAAUUGAUAUAUGUUCACAUUGACAUUGAAUGUCUCAGCAGACAAUUAUUCUGGUAACAGAUCAAACAUUUAGAAUAGAUUACAACAAAAAUUUCCCAAUUUUUUUUUUUUCCUACGCCUAAGUAACGCCUGCUUCAUCAGCCCGUGCUCUUGCAGUCCAAUAUAAUUUUUCUCUCCUAGCAUAAGGGCUGUCCAUUUCAUUAAAGGAACAUCUUAUAUCCUGUAAUGCAGGGCAUGUAUCAAGAUGUUCUUCUGUCAUCAUAUCUAGGGAACAUAGAGGGCAUGGCGGGCUGUCUUUUAUACCGAUGCGGUGGAGGUGCUUCUGAAGGAAAUCAUGGCCUGUGAGCAUUCUAAAGCAUUUCACGACUUGCCCUCUAGGGAUCCUGCCACUUUCUUUGAGCAAUCCACUCCAUCGCAUCCCUUCAAUUGUUUGCACAUAUUUCUCCUUCAGUGAACUUUGGAGGGCCUGUUUUAUAAUUCUUUUCAUUUAAUCCAUGCCUAGAGGAAUAUCUGGUUGGAUCAUUCCAGAACCUAUUCCAGUUUGUCAGCUUCAUCAUUUCUGUGGAGCCCGCAAUGGCCUGGUUUCCAAUGGAAAGCAACUUCUGUCCCAUUUUCCUUUAAUCGGUUCAAUUAUAGAUGGCAUUUAGGUACAUUUGGAUUUGUAUUAUAUCCAUUUUGGAGAGACAAAAUGGCUGCCUGUGAGUCAACAAAGAAAGCAACUUUCUUGUCUUUCCGUUCAAUUAAUCUCAAGGUCUAAGAGAAUGGCUUUCACUUCCCUUUCAAAGUUUGUGGCUACCUUUCCAACCGGGGCGGCAAUUUGAAAUUCCUUUGAAUAAACUCCAGCUCCGGCAUGUUUGCGUGCUUCCAGUGCAGAACCACCAGUAUAUACAUUCUGUCUCUAGGAAUCGUUUUCCGAUGGUUUAUAGGGUUAUAGCCUUUUGUUGGUAAAUUGGUAUUGAAUCCUUAGAAACAUUCUGAAGAAGAUCAUAGUGAACAAUGAAUUGGCUGGUGAAUGGAACUUGCGUCAACGACGGGAGAGGUUCCCUUUCAGCUAAUUCUAGUCCUUUUCUUUGUACCAAACCUUCCACUGCCUUUGUAAAAG